AGAAAGAGUAGCAUAAUAGGUGCACAUGCUAGAUUAUUUCUUGGAGAUAUCGAUGACGGAGGCAAGAGGACUCCUGACGGAUUCUGCGACAUGAACUGGCCGCUAGCAAUUCUCCGGUGGCUGCUUGUCGCAGCCCUCGUCUGUGCACUGGAGUCAGUCCUUGUUGCACAGAUAUCCGAGACGGAGGACUGCAUUAAUCCACUCGUAUUUUCUGGCGACAGUUUUAUUCCCAUCGCAGAAGAUCUCCUAGUCGUUGACUUUGUCUUGACCACCACCUCGAAAUCACGCGCACAAACGUGAUGCGACCACAUUGUCAAGGAAACGAAACGAAAUGGAUGGAUACACCGAGCUCUCGAACUUCCA